AUGGAGCCAACUUCACGUAGAAUUUCUAGAAGAUCAAUAUCAAUGCAUCCGAAAAGGAAAAAGAACGCUGAUACUUUUAAGAAAGAUGAUACACCAAUGAAAAGACUUCAAAUGAUGCUAAGACCUGAAUGGGAAAUUGAUUUUAUGAAUGAGUUAAAGGAUAAUCCGGACGAAGAUUGUGUAGAGGUGACGAGACAGCUCGAAGGUGUGGGAAACAAUUACAGAAGUCUUGAAGAGAUGCGCUAUUUGGAGACAUCAGAACAGAAUAACGAUGCACAAAAUAUUUCGGAAAAAUUGGCAAAGUUAAAACGAUACGGGGAAUUGAUCAAUACAUCAAGAAGGUAUUUGAAUCCGCUAUCAUCGUAUUUGACACAGUUUGGCCUUGAAUUGAACAAGCUUUCAGGGCAGAUGGAGUUUUUGCAAAAUAGAUCGAAUCAGCUCAAUUCAAAUAUAGAGGAUAAGAAGCUGUUGGAUGCAAAAUUGACACCGUUAAUUAAUGACUUAGCAAUUCCUCCACAAAUUGUUAAAAGCGUCUGUAAAGGGAAUAUUAAUCGGAGAUGGGUGGAAAACAUUCAAUUUAUAGACGAAAAAAAGGAGAUAUAUAGUAAUUAUCACAAACGGGGUUUACAGACUGGUACUCCGGUGUUAUCUUUGCACGACCUUUCCAGAUUGUUGAGCAUAUUGGAGAUGAAAUGUAUUGAAAGAAUUAGAAAUUAUCUUAUUUUACAGGUGAAACGAUUGCGAAAACCCAGCACAGCCUCACAACUAGUUCAGAAGGAGAUGCUUGAAGUUAAGGAGAUAUUUUCGUUUUUAUUGGCAAGAAACGAAAAACUUGCUAACGAACUAAGACUGGCAUACUGCUAUACAAUGAGAUGGUAUUACAAACAACAUUUCCUCAUGUAUCUUUCAUCACUUGAGAGAUUGAAAAUAAUACAUGUGGAUAAAAGUGUUUUACUUGGAAUGCCGCGUGAAAAUGAAUCGACCACGUUGACGGGUUCAUUUUUUUCCCGGAAAUCAAGAAGUACUCUUCCAGAGAUAAACAUUAACGAAUAUCUCAUUAGCAUACCGAAAAGGUUUGAGACUCUCAUGAGUCGGGAUCAGACUGCAAUGCUUGCUCAGAUUGCGGAGACCAACAAAACAAGGUAUUGGAUGGAGGAGGGAUUCAAAAAUUUUAACCAGGCACUUUUGGAUAAUGUAUCGACGGAGUAUUUAUUUCUAAACGAGUUUUUUGGCGUACAGACGCUAGAAGAAUCUAUUAAAUUUACGAAGCUCAUAUUUACACCGGUUUAUAAGAUGGGAUACAGCUAUACCGAAUUCCUAUCACAGGAAUCGUCAGAUAUUUUUGGUAUAUUGAUCAUGGUUCGUUUAUGUCAGGGGUUUGAAUACGAGGUACAGCACAGAAGAAUCCCGAUUCUUGAUGACUACCUGAAUUAUCAACUCAUUUUGCUCUGGCCAAAGUUUCAGAAGUUGAUAGAUGACAAUUGCACAUCUAUGAAAAAAGCUGCCUCGUCCAGUUUAACGAUAAAGACAAUUUCUAAGAAUGUCAUGGUGCCACUUAGCUUGACACAAAAUUUUGGAAUGAUCAUAACAAACUUGAUACGACUUUCAAGUAACCUUAUGUUUGAAAUUGAGACAUGGGAACCUUUAACAAAUUCGGUGAUUCGAUUGAUUGAUCAGUUUGAAAGCUGUAUGAAAAUUAUGGCCGGUACACUUAAAGAUAAUAAAAAGUACAAGGCAUUUCUUUACAACAACUUUUAUCUUAUAUACACGAUGAUUAGCAAUGAAUUAGAGGAAGAGGAACAAGCUGAAGCUAGCCAAAAGGAAAUCAAAGGCUCGACAUUAGAAGCAGAGAACAGAGGUGUCACAGAGGAACUCGAAGGAAAGAAAACAUUAGCUGAGACGGAGAAGGACCGAUUUAAAAGACUUGUCGACAAGAAUAGUCAAGAGGAAUAA